UAUAACAUAUAAGAAAAAAAUUAUUUUUUUAUUAUAUAGUUAAUGUGGUUGUUUAAUAUCUUUUAAUAGUAUAAAAUUAAACAAAAAAAGCUAUGAUACAAAAAUUAUUAUAAAAUAUUUAUUAUUCAUAAACAUUAAUUGUCAUAUAUAUGUUAAUCAUAUUAGACAAUUUUGUAGCUUUUAUUUAAGGAAAGUGCAAGAUUAUUCUUUUGUACGCUAUUUAUCAAUUUAGUAGUUAGUUUAAUAAAAAGUAUAAUAUAAAUUAAGAUAGACCAACCAAUUUUUCUAAGAGUUUUGAAUUUCAUUCUCAUGGUGACACGUGGUUACAAAACAAUGUUUUAAUGUUUCUCAAUUAAUAUAUAAGGGAUAAAUUAGACAAUGAUAUUACACAUUAAAAUUUACUCUCUCUAUUUUGUAAAGAGUGUCACUUAGAUCUUUUUCAAAUAUUAAAAAUGAUUGAAAUUUAUUUUAUGGUUUCAUUAUUUAAUUCUAUUUGAUCAAUAGUAUAUGAAAUAAAUAAAUUUAUUUAUUAGAUUAAUGCAUUUUACAUUUAAUAUUUAGUUAAAAAUAAGUAUAAUUGUAUUGAAAUUCUAAAACGGUACUCUUUGUGUGAGAAAAAAAUAAAGUGACACUCUUUAAGAAAUAUAUAAAAUGAUAUUUAUCAUUAAGAGAGAUUUAAUGCUCCAUCGUUCCGAAAAUAUCUAUGUUCAAAAACGAUGGUUUUAGAAAAAUAAAAUUUUAACAUUUUCAACUUAUUAUUUCAUGGUAAAUUAUAAAUUUCAGAAAACAUAAUUGUAUUUAUUAAAAAAUUCUACUGGUUAAAAGUUAUGGAGAAUAGUAAGAUACAUUAUUAUUGUAAAACAUAUAUUUUCUUAACAGAGGAAGUACUAAUGAAUACAUUUUUACUUAAAUUAUUGAACGAUAUUUAAAACAAACAAAAACUGCUUUGUUUUAAGAGAAGAAAAUUGUAAUUAUUUUUAUGUUAGUUUACGAGUAAUCUGUCACUAGAGUUGGGUUAGCCGCCACCGUACAUGUUAACCAUUUAGAUAACAUAAAUCACGAUGAAAUGCUUAUUAUAUUAGAAGGCUGUUAUUCAAAGCCUAGUGGAAAAUUCGUACCGAACUCUGAGAAUCAUUAGCUGUUUCAGCAAAAGGAUUGGUUUGAAAAGUAAACCUCUUUGGGGGAUACUACUAACUCAAUCAUCAUGUCUAUAUCAAAUAUAUAUUUUUAAAUUGUAAAUGAUAAUUUAGUGGACUAAUAUUGUAAAACGCUUAUCUAACCAUGAAGUAAGUGUUGUUACCUUAUCAACGUUUUUCUCAGAUAAAGGAUUCUAAAUUGAAAACUUGAAUGAGCCAGCCAAUAUUAUCAAUAUUCAUGUAUAUAAAAAAAUUAGGAUCAGAAGUCUAACAGCGAUGGUCGAAGCUGUUCAGCAUGUCGUUACGAUUAUCGCUCCUAAGAGUAAAUGUAACAUGUGCUACCAUCUGGCACUCGUUCUGAAUCUUCUGAUUCAUUGUGGAAAUAUUGGUCGUGUUAAACGAUAAUGAGCUAAAUCACAUAAACAGCAAAAUAUGCACUAUCUCUAUAUAGGCAAAUUCUACGAUCUUGUGUUGCAAAAGCGACUGAUUAUAAAUUGGUAUAUAAUUAAAAUGAGAUAUUUUAUAUGUAACCGAAAAUAUUAAUUAAGAUGCAGAGUCAUACACAUAGACAUUAUCAAUUUGACAUGACGAUAUUCACUGAUGGAUCAGAUCAAAUUAAAUAGUAUACGAUAAAUUAGAUUUUGUCUGGAGGUAGUUUAAAUAAUUCCAACAGUCAAAUGUUAUUGUCAAUUUUUGUGAGGACAUGCGAGACUGCUAGAAGAAGUGUGUGCAUCAGUGCAUGUAGGUAGUAUCUGUCAGCAAGUUCUCCAUCAAGCCACCUCUUUGCCUGGCCAAGGCCCAAGCUAAGCCUCUUUAAGACAAUACGACAGACGCGAAAGAAAAUGCUCAAUCAAUAUAAAGAAUAAACAUAUUGAACUUUCAUGUUUUGCCCGAAAUCUUAUAUACUUAACACAAUCUGACCAUGAAAUUAUAUAUACUUGGUUGUAUUUACUUCUUUGUAGUCACUGCCAUUAACGGUUGCUAAGAGUCACCAUUUGUAUCUGAUCAGUGUUACCAAAACGUAUUUUAAUGUUUCUGCAGCUGUUUUAGAUAGUGUAGAAAUGAUAUGAAACAUAUAUUGGAUUAGUUGAGAGAAACGGUCAUCGUCUCUUAAUUCUUUAUAGAUUAGAGUUCAGACUAAUCAUAUUUAAAAUGCAACGGCAUACUCAUCGCGUGUUAGUUUUUUAAUCUCUUGAGUGGUAAACGAAAUGAACAUGGUUUCCGUACAGAAAAAUAUUGAAAAAAGCAUUGGAUAGCUUAAAGGGUAUACCCGUUUUUUCUUUCUUAAUAUUAUUUCAGUGAUAAAGAUUAAAUUCAAUAAGACCAAUAUGGUUGUUGUCGACAAGUGGUAAAAGCUUAGUACUUAUAUGUGGAAAUAAAAGUUUGGAUAUCGAAAGUGUCACUAUUUUUGUGAAGUUGGUUUUCACUGGGUCCUUGCAAAAAUAAACAGCAGGUAGAAACUCUAAGACGAGUAAUAACAAAUUAAUACCGGUUUAAGUGUGCAGUUAGACGUGAAUCGUCAUAAAACAUGUAAAAUUAUCGUCUGUAGAAUCGUCUGUAUUGUAAUAUCCAACGUUAAACAAAACAAAUUAAUACAUAUAUAUGUGAUUAUGGAUACGAUUGUUUAAAAGAAAAGUAACUAUGGAUACGGAUGUGUGAAUAUCCGUCCGUAUAUGAGUUUGUAGACGACUAUUUGUUUUCAUGUUCGAAUGACAAAUCAUGCAUAAAAUAAAAUUUAAUACUAUCUAUUUAUAUUUUAUAAAAAUCGUAUCACGACCUCAAAUUUUCUGCUUAUAUAUCAGAAAUUAAAUAUUGAUAUGUAAAAAAAAUUUUGCACCCUAUACAAAUAAUAAUAUCUAAUUACGCUUGAAUACGUAUCAAAAAUAACUCAAUUUCCUGGAUACCUAAUAUGUAUCCAUAAUCCAUCUAUACUAUGAAUACAGUCAAAUUGUCAUAAAAUUUCUCCGCAGUUAAAACCCUGGCGGUGCACGUUGAAACUAAAUAUGGUCAAUUCAAUACCAAGAGCCUUAUGUAUGUAUUGCAAUGAUACAUAACGUGUGUGAAGUCAAAGUAUUGACAAAACUUAUGGUAAACAAUAACGUGAAAAUUUUAAAAUCAUAAUUCAUUGUGAUUACGAUGAAAAGAAUCUUGGACAUUUUGUACACACACAUACGUUCAACGAGAUAUAAUUUUAGUCUUUGUCUAGUCUCCCAUGGGCGAGGUAUUAAUUGUCUAAUUUUGGUAAUGCAACGUCUUCAAAAAUAGGGUCACAUAGUUUGGAGAUAAAUUCUGAGAGCAUAUUAUAAGUUGAUCAAUCGUCUGCUGAUUACCAAACAUUGGACGUCGAUAGUAUAAUAUAAAUAGCAAUACCACUAAGAUUCAAAUUCGUAUAAUUAAAAACAAAAUCAUUUAACAACCAACAAAAGAAAAACUCAUUAUGAGACUAAAAAGAAUAUCUUAUCCUAUCGAGUGUGAACACAAAUAGUUAGUGUAUAUGCUAAACUUAUUAACAAGUUUCUAUAUUACGCACUAAAUCUAUGAUUGACCCGUGAGAUAAAGAAGACCCGUAAUCAAAUAUAUUAUUGAAAGAAUUAGUAUAAAAUGAUGGAACUUGUGGAAUAAUGGUCCUGUUCUAUAUAAUAUCCGUGACUAUUUCGUGACAGGACAAUAUCACCAAACCCAAUCUUGUUCUACGAAUCAAUGAUCUAUCACUCCCUACGUACUAUUGCGACUUUAGUGUUCGAUACGGUUAUGUUCUACAACGCGUUAUCGAACCCAAAAACAUAUUUAUGUUGACAUUUCAUAUAAUUAUUUGAUCAAACACAAAAUUCAUACUCUACGCUCAUAUUAUAUCAUUCUACUUCUUAGAAUUUAGCACCAGGCAAUAAUGUUUCUUUCUGAAAAUCUAUGAAGUAGACUUCUUAUCAUUUUUCAAAGUCAGCUCUUACUUUUAUAAAACAAAUUCUAGGAUUAUAUACUACUUUUACGUAAAAAAGGAUACGAUCUAUUUAUAAGUACAUUUAACUAAUUAUGUGCAUGGUUGGCACAUGGAAAAUUAAGGACAUAACUUAUUAGGUUCAUCUCCUAAGGUGAACCUUUAAAUUCAUCUCCUCAUUUAUGACCAAUCAAAUUUCCACAUAGAUUAUUAAUUAAAAAAUAUUAAAUUAAAUAAAAAAUAGCUACAAAAAAUAAAAACUCUAAUUUUAACGACGCUAAUGCUUCCACCUAAACCCUAAAUCUUAAAUUCUAAACCCUAUACCUAAAUUCUAAACCCAAAUCCAAACCCCUAAACCCAAACCCUAUACCCUAAACCCUAAUCAUAGACCCUAAACCCAAAUUAUAUACCCUAAACCCAAAAACUAGACUAUAAAGCUAAACUCUAUACCCUAAACCCAAGUCCCAGACCCUAAACCCAAACCGUAAACCUUAAACUUAAAUUAGAUACCCUAAACCCAAAACUUUAACCAUAAGUCCAAACGGUAAGUCCUAAACCCAAACCGUAAAUCCUAAACCCAAAAUCUAUACCCUAAACCCAAAUCCUAGACCUAAAACCCAAACGGUAAACCCUAUACCCAAACCCCAAACUUAGAUGCUAUAGGGUUUGGGUUAAGGUUUACGGUUUAGGUUUAGAGUCUAAGAUUUGGGUUUAGGGUAUAAGGUUUAGGUUUAUAGUCUAUGUUUUGGGUUUAAGGUAUAUAAUUUGGGUUUAGGGUAUAGGAUUAGGGUUUAGCGUAUAGGUUUGGAUUUAGAGUCUAGGAUUAGGGUUUAGGGUAUAGGGUUUGGGUUUAUGGGUUUGGAUUUGGGUUUAGAAUUUAUGGUAUAGGGUUUAGAAUUUAUAUUAUAGGGUUUAGGGUUGCGCUGGAAGCAUUAGCGUCGCUAAAAUUAGUAUUUUUAUUUUUGUACCUAUUUUUUAUUUAAUUUAAUAUUUUUAGUUAAUAAACUAUGUGAAAAUUUGAUUGGUCGUAAAAGGUGAGGUGAAUUUAAAAGUUCACCCCCUAGGAUGAACCUAAGUUAUGUCCGAAAAUUAGUGUGUACUAUAUAUACUCUUUUCGUUUAAAUUAAAUGUUGUUUAAGAAACUGUUUAUGCUUAGUGUUUUUUUUUUAUGAUAAAGGGCUUUUAUUUAUGCUUAGUGUUUCUUUAUAAAUUUAUAUUUUUAUCUUUAAGUAAAAAGUAAAUAACGAAAUAAUUGCAAGUUUAUUUAUAUUUAUAAUUUGUGUGAACAUAAUAAAUAAUAUAUAAACUGAAAAAAUGAAAAACACCAACUUAAACGUGGAUAAUUUUUUCCAAUUUUAAAAUGAAAAGAUAAUCAGUGUUUUUAAAUCCAAAUUAGUCCAGGGAUCAAAUUUGGUUAAACUGUUAACGUAACUCAAUUGAAUAAAUACAAAACGAGAAAUAGUUUAGCGGAUAAAUUCUUUAUAGAAACAAUGACAAAAAUCUGGAAACCAAUAAACCGAAAAAAACCAAGAUUUAUUUAUAAUACACUGUUUUAAAUUAAUUUUGUUAUUUAUUGCUUUUGUUUGAAACUAAUAUAGUAAAGAACGCUGCUACAAAUAAAACCUUAACAUUUUUAUUAUAUAUUAUUAUACAAUAUUUACAAUUUAUGCUUGUAGAUCUUUAAAGUCAAUAUAUGAGCACUUAUAUUUGCUUCCAUUGAUUUAUAUUUAAAUUUUAUUUCAUUAUUGUGCAUAUUAAAUUAUAAUAAUUAAAUUCAAAUAUAUUCGUAAAAUUUGAAAAAGAUAAAUAAGAAAACAUACAUUAAGAUUUUUAUUAUGUUAUUAAAUUCAACUGAAGUACCGAACAAGACUAAUUUUGAUCAAUACAUUUGGAUCCAUGACUCGAAAAUGUUUCUGUUCGGUUUUAUGUCCGGUUUUAAAAAUAUUAAAGAGAAUCUGUUCAAAUGUUUAAAAGUAUAAAUCUUCAAAACUGCAUUCAAUGAUCUUUACUUAUGUGAUUCAUUCUUUUCCAGAUUAAACAGUCAAGGAUGACAUGCUUUCACAUUAUCACUAUUCCUCUAUUUUGCAUUAGUUUAUAUAUUACACUAUUAAUUUAUUGAUUAGGCGAGAGCUUGGCAACCAUUUUCUCUCUUCAUCUCUCUGCUUGCUUUUAAAUUACAUAAAUUUAUACAUACAUAUAUAUAUAUAUAUCCUAUAUACAUAGAUAUAUAGUAGUAUUCAUCAGGGGUGUCCAACAGGUCACGUGCCCUGACUAAGUUUUUUUUUCCAAGUAAUCAUCUUAAAAUUAGCUCAAAAUUUAUGUAAAGGUGCUCUCGACUAAUUCAAUUUUAUGUUAAUGCCUUCAGCUAAAAGCUCUCUUUUUUUUUUUUGGUCAAAAGCUAAAAGCGCUCUUAGAUCCGCCCUUGAUAUUUAUUCCCUGAAGUGGAUUUUUUUUUAAUAGCUCUUCAUGUUUUCGAGGGUGAACUCAUAGUGGAGAGAUUGGUGAAUCUCGAACCCAGGACUUCACCCUUUAACAACACUCCUCCAGGAUGAGUUCUCUCUAACAACCUAAUUAUGGAAUUAGAGAGAACUCAUAAUGGAGGGGUUGGGGUCGGUGCGCUGCAGCACUGUGAGCCGGAUUCCGAGUGAGCGGGAUGGGUUGUCACAAAAAAAGUCAACUUUUUUUUUUGUGACAACCCGCCCCAUGGGAACUACCCGUCCCGUGGGCCCCAGGCUCACAGCGCUGCAGCGCACCGACCCCAACUUCUCUAUUAUGAGUUCUCUCUAACUCCAUAAUUAGGUUGUUGGUGAGUCUCGAACCCAUGACCUCACCCUUUAACAACACUCCUCCAAGAUGAGUUGUCACCAAUUGACCUGCAGAUCAAUUGGUGACAAUUCAUCAUGGAGGAGUGUUGUUAAAUGGUGAGGUUCUGGGUUCAAAACUCACCAACAAUCUAAUUAUGGAGUUAGAGAAAACUCAUAAUGGAGGGGUUGUGGUCGGUGCGCUGCAGCGCUGUGAACCUGGGAUCCACAGGACGGGUAGUUCCUUGGGACGGGUUAUCACAGAUUAAUCCAUCAUAAUUUCUCUAAACCUUAUUUUGUUUGGCAACAAAAGAGAGUUUAAUUCCUUAGUGUCAAUUAAUAGAUAUGCUGGGACCUGUCGUAGGCCUAUUUCGUUGACCCAUAUGCUUUGAACAAAAACUUUCAUUCAACUUAAGUGUGUGUGAACGCGUUAGCCAACUUGCAUUACAUGACCUAUUUGGCCCGGUCAGAUGUUAUUAUUAUUUUGGUAGUUUUACAUUCAAGGAGUUAUUAACUGGAGAAAAACAAAACUUGCGCUUUUACAAGAUGACUGUUUUACAACGCCCAUCAGAUAUUAGUAAAUUAGAAACUAGAUUUGAAAAUAAAAAUUGUGCUAAGUGAAAUUUAGAAUAUAUAAUAUCAUUAGCAGAUCAAUAUACUAAAUUAUUUUAAACGAAACAUAUCAAUGGUUUAUAAAUCAUUCUAAUAUGACAUUUUAUAGAAAGUUUCAGUACACAUUUAUAACCAAAUUACGAAAAGAAGCAAACGCGUACGACAAAUUACUUUCUAUUUUCAAAAUUUGGAUGUUAUAUAUUUUUGUCAACAUUUGGAUGUUAUAUAUGUGUAUACAUAAUUACAUAUACAUAUAUAUAUAUACACUAAUUGGAAAAUUUUAGGCUCUAUUUAUAUAUUUUAUUAAAAAUGAAUAACUAAACAAAAUUGAAACCUCAAAUCUUAACUAAUUAAAACCAGUUUUCUAUAACUUACGUCCGAUUAACACAUUUAGGUAGAUGAUGUAUCAUGGUAAAAUAUUGAAAAACAUGCCUAGAUGUUUCAGUUAAUUAAAAGAAUCGAGGAAAAAGUAAAUGAAAGCAUAGCAUUAUAAUAAGGACAUGGCAUCAUCAUAAUGUAAUUACAAGAAAUGAACGUCUUUUAGCCCUAAACAAGAUUACUACUCAGAUUAAGAAAGUUUAAGUUUAGUAUAAGAGAAAAAAAAUUACCAAAGAAAAAAUAAGAAAUUACGAAAGACUUUUUACGAGCAAAUAUAAAUAAAACAGUGUUUCUGGGUCAACAUAUAUUCCACCCAACGUUAAUUUUUGUUUUGUCGCAUAUAACUCGUAAACGUUGAUUUUCUAUAAAAAAAUGUACGUGUGGGCUUCACCAUAUCGCCACUUGUGCGUCUACCCGACGACUUUUUUUACUCGGAACUAACACUUACACACUAUCUCGCCAUCACAAUUCUACACACAUUUUUUAUAACAUGCCCAUACAUUUUAAAUUUAUUUUUGUAGUCUUUACAAAAACAUACCAUUCGUUCCCACAUGCAAUAUAAUAUAUGCAUGUACAACAUACUUUUUGACUACGGUGCCAAUAACCAAAACACAUCUCUCCCUCUUUCUCGCUCUCUCUCUCAUCUCCUUCCUGGAAGCUGACGAAAUGCUUUUGAAUUCUCCCACAUGCCUUUCAACAAAUUCAGUAUAAAUACUCAAAACCAGCCAGUUCUUCUCAUGCUCAUCAACAACAUUUGAUCAUAUAGCUCAUAAGCAUUUGAUCAGCACAAUCUAUCUCGAUCGUACCACAAUACAAAUUUUUCAUCAGUAAUCAAAACAUAUCACAGAAAGAUGGGAAGAGCUCCAUGCUGCGAGAAGAUGGGAUUGAACAGAGGCCCAUGGACGCCUGAAGAAGAUCAAAUUUUGGUCUCUUUUAUCCACCAACAUGGCCAUAGUAACUGGCGAGCCCUCCCUAAGCAAGCUGGUCUUUUGAGAUGUGGAAAAAGCUGUAGACUUAGGUGGAUGAACUAUUUAAAACCUGAUAUUAAAAGAGGCAAUUUCACCCAAGCAGAGGAGGAUGCUAUCAUUAGUUUGCACCAAAUCCUUGGUAAUAGAUGGUCAGCAAUCGCAGCAAAAUUGCCUGGAAGAACGGAUAAUGAGAUCAAGAACGUAUGGCACACUCACUUGAAGAAAAGACUGGAAGAUUAUCAACCCGCUAAACCUAAGACCAGCAACAAGAAAAAGAGUACUAAACCCAAAUCUCAGUCUGUACCAGCAAAAUCAAAGAGUACUAAAACCGAAUCGGAGCUCGCAAGCUCAUCGAACCCUUCUUUUGAAAGUUUGUUCUCAGCAUCACCUUCGGCGAGUGAUGAAGUUUCUUCAGAGACACUCACGAGCCACGAAGGUCAUAGCAAAGAGGCUCAGAUGGAUAAUAAAUUGAGAGAAAUGAUCACUACUACAGAUCAAGAUUCUUUCUCUUUCAUAAACUUCGGAGAAGACAUCGACCAGAGCUUCUGGAACGAGACGCUUUAUAGCCAAGAUGAAGAAAACCACACGUCGAAUCUUGAUGAGAUGAAGCAAGAGUUUCAGCACUUAGGCUCCGUCGGUAAUGAGAUGAUUUUCGAUAGUGAGAUGGACUUUUGGUUCGAUGUAUUGCCCAGAAGUGGAGGGGAACAAGAUAUACUAGCUGGGCUCUAGUGGUGCAAAUUUUGUCUAGUUAGUUUAAUAAUUAGCGGUUGCUUGUUUGAAAAUAUGUUAUUCAUUUGUUUCUCCAAGAACGAGUAGUUAGUUAGUUCAGUAAUAAACUAAUAAUCUAAGACGAGUUAUCAACAACAACGUAUAUUGUCAUGUUAAUGAAAUAAUUAACCGAAACACUGGAUAACAUGCCUCAGUCAAAAAAAAAAAAACAUUGGAUGACAUGCCAACAACAACGAUUAAUGUGUAUCAUUAAUAUAGUAAAAUAAUACUCGGCUUUCUAAUUUGGUUUUCAAGUUCAACUAUGGCGGAAAAGGAAAAGUUGAUAACUAGUAAUUAAAUUGCUAGAGAAAAGUAGCUUGAUAAACGUUAGCAUCAAACUCUAAUAAUUAAAUUACUAGAGAAAAGUAACUUGAUAAACGUUAGCAUCAAACUCUAAGAGCAUUUCCAACCCUACUCUAUUUUUGACUCACAAACUCAAUUUUAGAGUAAAAUCUUCUCUAACUACAUUCUAUAUUCAACUUCAAAAUAGAGUAAUGACUAGGUUUAUCCAUUUAUGGAGUAAUCUUACCCAUUACUCCAUUUUAGAAUUGAACUCUAUUUAUGAAAUUGUCUUUUUAAUCAUAAAUGUUUUUAUUUCAUACUUAAAAUAAUAUAAUAACAUGAAAAGAUAUAAUACUCCGCAAAAGAUUAUUUAAUAGUUUACAUAAAAUAUUAUAAACUCAUAGAAGUCAAAACUAAGAAUAAAUAAUAUAGAAUAAAUAUAAUAUAAAUAAGCAAUUUAAUAAUUUGGUAAAUUGUUUUCGAAACUACCAAAAUCAGUGAAGUAUUAUUCAAACAAAAUAGAUGAGUUUUUUAAUCUUAUGGGUCAAAAUAUUGAUUUAUAACAUUUGUACUUGUUGAACUUGAUAUACGCACAAACAAUGGAACCCAAUACAUAAUUCAAAUUACAAAAUAAAACUUUGUCUUUUCUUUAUGUUCUUUUAAUGCAUAUAAAUAUUUAUAAAUUAGAAAAAUUGCAUAUGAUAAAAACUGCACGAAUUGAAAUUGGAAGAUAAUCUCUAGUUGUAUUUUUGACGAUAAAUAUUUAAUUUAUAUAAAAUAUAUUAUUAUGGAAAUUUUGUAAAUAUAAAAUAGUUGGGUUAAUUGUUAUAUUUUUAUAAGUUGAAAGUACUACUAACAAUUAUUAACUAAAUAAAAAAGGAAUAUUAUUUUUGAGUAAAACCCAAUUCUAUUUUGAAGUUACACCAUUUUGGAUUAAAAUUUGGAGUAAUACAUUGGAGAUGCUCUAAUGAAAACAUAAAGAACUGAUGAAUUACUUUUAGAUACAUUUAUGUUUCUUAAUACCAGUAUAUAUAUAGGAUAUAUAUAAAAUUUAGAAUUGUAUAAUUUAAUAAUAUUUGUAGGUUUCAGAUGGUUACUCUUUACAUAACAGAUAACACAUAUUAAAAUGGUGGUACAAUAAGACAUUUUUUUAUACAUUCUGUCUAAUACUCUCUCUGUUUCAAUAUAGAUGAUGUUUUAGAAAAAUAAUUUUGUUUCAAUUUACAUGAAAUAAGGUUAAUUUUAACUUUAUUGAAAUCUGUUCAACCAAUUAGAUUUUACUGUUUUUUUUAUAAUUGGUUAACUGAUUUUAAAAUUAUAUUUUUAAAAUACCUUUUUAGAGAAAUGUAAUUUCUCAAUUUUUAUGCAAUACUACAAAAUAUCUAGUAUUAUGAAACGGAGAGAGUAUCUUUUUUGGUCUGCCCAACGGCAUCUCCAACCCCAUUUCAUUUUUCAACUUAAAAUAGAGUUUAGAGUAAAAAUGUUCCAAUGGUACUCUAUUUUUUUUUUACUCUAUAAUAGAGUAAAAAAUAGGUUUACUCCAAAUAUAAUAUAGAGUAACUUAUUUUCCAAAUAUAGAGUAACUUAUUUUUUUCUUUUGUUCAUCACUCUAUUUUCUACUCUGAAAUAGAGUACCAUUGGAGCAAAUUCAAACUCUAUUAUAGAGUUACUGUAUUUAGAGUAAAAAAUAGAAUAAACUAUUGGAGAUGAUCUAAUAUUGUUAAUAUCCGGGUUACAUUUGAAGUUUCUAUAAAAGUUUUCUCUCCAGAUUCGAUUAUGAAGAAGCAAGUAUUUGGCUCUCCCUCAAUGGAGUGGUGGUGACGCAACACCUGAGUAUCCCAGACAGACCCCCAGGUCGGGAGGAAUGGCGGAACCCUCCAUCAAACUUCCUGAAGUGUAACAUUGAUACCUCUUGGAUUAACGAAAGUCAAAACUCUGGUGUGUCUUGGAUUCUACGUAAUCGUCAAGGCCUCUGUCUGGCUUACAGCAGACGAUCGUAUUCGGCAGUAUUUUCUUCACUGGAGAAUGAAUUAUUGGGUCUCUGGUGGGCUAUUGACUCGAUUGUUCGUAUGAAGUAUGAUGCUGUCAUCUUUGAAUCAUCUUCGAUGGAAGUAAGAGAAGCCUUUGUACAUCCGGGGAGGUUUCCCGAGUUUCAAUCGCUGGUGCAAACGAUUUUGCAAAGACUAGCUUCCUUCAGUCUAUGGAGUUUAGACUAUACUUCCCCUGCACGUAACCUACCAGCUACUCAUAUUGCAAGAAGUGUUACGGAAGGUAACCGGUAUCAGUCCUACACAGCCAGGAAUGGGCCUCUUUGGCUUCAGCCGGUGCUUGAUCAUGAUGCUGGAUUACCCUAGCAAUCUCUCCUGGUGCUUAUCGGGUACGUCUUGAGUCCAGGUGCCUUCAUAUUGAAGGUUUCCUCGAUGUUUGGUGACUGUGUUGCCUACUUUUUAAUUUAUGGUACCUACUGGUAUCUUUGCUUUUAUCUCUACUUUGUCCUUUUGUUGAUGUAUUGGGUUUUGCCUUCAACUGGUUUCUCUUUUGGAACUUAUCAAUGAAGUAUUCAGUGUUUAAAAAAAAAGAAGAUUCGAUUAUAGUUGAUAUUAAAAAGAAAAAGCAGAGGAUACAGGGAACCAAGCUCAUGUAACAUUGUUAGAGUGAUUUUUGAAAAGGCGAAAAUAAAUUUUUUUUUUUUGGUUUUGAAAAGAGCCUUCUAGCGAAAAAGGAUUUCCUUCCCAAAAUCUCUUCCACAUCCAUGUAGACAACAACCAAAAACAUAUUAAAAAAUGUGAUAGUUGAUGUAAAUCCUUGUCUAAUGAUAAACGUCUGAAUCUAUUAUUCGAGUAGUGUUAGAAUAGAAGAAAAAAACUUCUUUAGGACAAAUGGGACUAGAGUUCUCUUCUUUUAAAUUGGAUCAUAAAUAUUUUUAGUGAGAUCCCUUAUUUGGAUUUUAUUAGUUGGUUAGAAGAAGUAUUUGUAGCAUUCUAUGUUAGAGUAUACUAGGUUAAGAUUUGUGCCUUGCACAUAAUGAAUAUUAUGUAUACAAAUAAUUUUUACUUAUUAUUAUUUAUUUUGUAUUCAUUUACGUAUCAUGUAUAUAAUUAAAUUAGAGUAAUCACAUUAAUCAAAACAAUACCUCUUGUUUAUCUAUAAUAAUUUCUAUGGUAAAUAAAUCAAAACAAUCAUUUUAUUUAUUUUAUAUGGCAUAUAAUUAGAUUUUAAUGAUAUUGACACAUAUAUAGUAUAUUUUGAUAAAAAUAUUUAUUAUUUAAACUUCGUACUCAUAUGAUUUUAUUAACAUUUGUAUAUUUUCUCUAACAAAAAAUUUAAACCAUUAAUCUUAAAAUUUUCAAUGUGAGAUUUCUUCAAUGAAAAUUUAAAAAUUCAAAUAUUAAAGUCUCAAUACCUUUUCAAUGAAAAUUUCAAAAUUAACAUAUUUAUGUAUUUUUAUAUGGUAUAUAGUUUAAUUUAAGCGAUAUAUAUAUAUAAUAUAUGAAUAUCUAUUAAAUCUGACUUCAUAUUCAUAUGAUUUUAUGAUCAUUUGUAUCUUGUUAUAACAAAAUAAAUAAAUCAUUGAUCAUGAAAAUUUCAAAGUGGAACUUUUAACAUUUUUAAUAAUCUAGUCAUUUUCAAAAAUUAAAAUAUAACAUAUAAUAAAAAUGUAAAUUUUUAUUAUAUGGUUAAUGUGGUUAUAUAAUUUCUUUUAACAUUAUAAAAUUAAACAAUAAAGAGAGAUGAUACAAAAAUUGUUAUCAAAUAUUUAUUAUUCAUAAUCAGUAAUUGUCAUAUAUAUGUUAAUUAUAUCAGGUAAUUCUAUAUCUUUUAUUUAAGAAAAUAAUGUUGAAUAUUCUUUUGUACACUCUUCUAAGGAUCCUAAGAAUCAUUCUAGUAUUGACACGUGGCUACCAAAAAAUGUUGUAAUGAUUCUUAAUUAAUAUAUAAGAGAUUGAAAGUUUAAAAAAUUGAGUUAGUUAGUUGUGUCAUUAGAGUGCAUUUAUCUCUUCUGUCUUCUGUCACACAUCUAAAAAAAUAAAGGUAAUUGUGGUUGAACUAGAGUACUGGAAAGAUAAAUGACCAAUCAAAAAGUAAUUUACGAUAUUAUGUAAAUGAGUCCAAAACAUAAAAAAAAAUAUGUAGUGAUUACAUGAUCAAUAAACAAGACUUUUGAACAUCUGAAAAACUAAUGCCCGCCUAUUACACGGAAUAGGCUCACGGACCGAAUGAGAUAUCGCAUAUGAAGCCCAUUAUAACCAUUGGGUUAUUAUUUAGUUCUACAUACAAAAUAGUUUUUGGAACCCAAAACUAAAAGUUUCUAAAUUAACAGGAUUAACUGGUUUAAAUUGGGUUAUAAUUUAGUUCUUUAAUUGUGUAAGGGAUUUUACUUGAGAACUGAAAAAGUGUUAUUCAAAAGGAAAAAUAAAGAAGAGAAAAGAUAAAACAGAAAUAGGCCUGGCAAAAGAAAAACCGGAACUGAAGAACGAACCGGAACUGAAAUACCCGAAACUGAAACCAGACCAAGACCUUCAAAUAUCCGAACGGUUCAUAUAUUUCUAUAUCCGAAAUAACCGAACCGAACCGAGAACCGAACUGGUAUCCGAAUAUAUAAGAAUAUUAAUUAUAUAUACAUAUAACAUAGCUAGAUAUAUAUUUAUAAUUUAAAAAUCUAUUAAUAGUACCAAAAAUAUUUUAAAAUAACUAAAUUAUUAUAAAGUAUUCGAACUACCCAAAAAUAUCCAAAACUAUCCGGAUAGUAUUAUCAGAAAUAUACAAAGUAAUCUGAAAUAUCCAAAUUUUCUAUCAAAAUCAUCCUAAUUAUUUUAAUAUUUUACUUUAAAUAACCAAUAUUUUACCCGAACUAUCCAAACUAUCCGAACUACCCGAACCUGAACCAAAUGAUAACCGAAUUUUUUCAGGUAUUUUCUGGUUCCUAGUUUUACUAUCCUAACCGAACCAAACACGAAACUAUGUGAACCGAACCAAACCGAAAAUAUGUCAAGUAGUAAAUGGAUCAUAUAACCCCCUAUCUGACCUAUCCAAUACGCGAAAUACCCAAAUCGAACUGAACCGAAAUCCGAAAUGCUUAGGCUUAAACAGAAGUAACAUAUUUUUAUCGAAACUAUCAAAUCUUAAAUUAUAAGUUUAAUCAAAUUAGUGACUGUUGGAGUGGACUAGGCAUGGGCGUUCGGAACGGGUAUUUCGGAUUUUUGGGUUUUCGGAUAGAGAGGUACAUAACCCGUUCGGGUUAUUUUAUACUUUGGAUCGAGUUCGGAUUUUUAAGGUUCGGGUUCGGAUUCUUAAGGUUCGGGUUAUUUCGGGUAUAACCGAACUGUGUAACAAAUAAACAAAAAAAAAAAUCUAUGUAUCCUUGAUUUGACCCCUGUGAGACCAGAAACAAUAUUGUUGAAGUUAAAAGAUUGAACAACUUAAUAUAAGAUUUAUGAUCUUUCUGAUUUAUUAUUACGUUGAGGAACAUGAGCAUGUAUUCUUUUCCUUCGUGUAAUUUUUAUUUGUAUUAUUUUGAAUAGAAAAUGGUAAAGAAUCCAUCUAUUCAUAAAUCAAAAUUAAAGAAACAUCAAAAUCAAACAGAAAUCAAAC